GCGAGCUCUCUCCUGUUCCCAGUCCGCGCCGAGCCGCUAUGGCGACGGGGCUGCUGCGGGGGCUGUUACUGCGGGCGCCUCGCCGCCUCCUGGCCGCUGCCGGCGGCGCCGGGCGGGGCGCCCUCGGCCUCCAGCAACAGCAGCGCCGGGGCAAAAAGUUCUGGCUCCGCGCCUACCUGGAGCAGCAGCGGCUGCGGGCGCCCGCUACCCGCCGUUCAGAGAAGCCUAACUGGGAUUACCAUGCAGAGAUACAGGCUUUUAGCCACCGACUACAUGAAACCUUUUCCUUGGACCUCCUCAAAACUGCAUUUGUUAAUUCCUGUUAUAUUAAAAGUGAGGAGACCAGACGCCAAGAACUUGGGCUAGACAAAGAAGCGGUUGCCCUCAAUCUCCAGGAUAAUCACAAACUUUCUGAACAAGGGGUAUCUCUUUCACGCUCUUACCUCACUCACUGUUUUGAAGAUGCUUAUCCAAAGAUGCCCUCUGAAGGGAUACGAGCCCUCGUUGAUUUUCUCACGAGCCAGGAACUUGUGUCUUAUGUGGCCAGAAACCUAUCCAUACAGGAUUUAACGCUUUGUGCAGAGUUUCCUGUUCCACCUAGUGUGCUGCAGAAGACUUUCUUUGCUGUAAUAGGAGCAUUGUUUGAAAGCAGUGGGCAUCAGAAAACAGGGAUAUUUAUCAGAGACUUCUUAAUUCCUCAACUGAUUGGAAAAGACCUUUUUGAGAUCUGGGAUGUUAUAAACCCAAUGGGUUUGCUAGUGGAGGAAUUGGCCAAGAGGAAUAUAUCUGCUCCAGAACCAAGACUUACCAGGCAGUCAGGAGCCAGUACAGUUCUACCACUGUACUUUGUUGGAUUGUACUGUGAUAAGAAGCUUAUAGCUGAAGGUCCUGGUGAAACAGUGUUAGCUGCAGAGGAGGAAGCUACCCGUGUGGCACUGCGGAAACUGUAUGGAUACACUGAGAACAGACAACCGUGGGACUACUCUAAACCAAGAGAGGGAUGGAGAGCAGAAAAGGCUAUUAGCAGCAGUUAGACAACUAAGCAUACUUCUUCUGCCUAUCCACAAAAGCCAUGUUCUCCAUGCUAAGUAUAAAUGCAUUUCAGAAAAGCAAACUUCAGCAAUUCAGCUCUUUGAUAUAAAGGAUAUGUUUUGAAAAUUGCAGCCAUCACAUAUACUUUUAGAAUUCUCCAAACUUGAAUAGAUUGAUUUUUCUUUCUGCAAAAUGUUUCCUAUUAUAAAGUAACUGAGGAAAAUGAGAUAUUUCUUGUUAGUAACAAAACAGGGGAGUUUUCCCCACUGAGUUCCCACUAUUUGGCUAAGAACUUGACCAUAUAUCCAAGCAUACAACUCUUAAGAAUGUAUUGUAAAAUCUGUGACUGAUCACUUUUUUAUUUUUGAGCAAACUGUCUCCAUACAGGAAAUAAAACUUUUAUGUAUAGGUAUCUGGACCAGUUUUGAGAGUAUUAACAACAAAUCAGCACUGAAUUAAAAAUGUAACAUUA